GGGCAGUAACGACCAACCGCUGAUCUAUAUUUUAAUUUAAAUAAAUAAAUUAUAGUUUUAUUAUGUUUAAUAUUUAUAUUUAUAUUUAAUAUUUAAUUCCCUCGUUCGUUCACAGAUUGGGGCAAAAAAAUAAAAUAAAACAAAGCAGUAAAAUAAAAAAUAAAAAAACGUUUUGAGUGCUUAUCCGGAAUCACCCCUUGGACGCACAGUGAGAGGGAGAGAGGGAGAGAGAGAGAGAGAGAGGAAGCUACGUCAGCCGCGGCGGCUCUCGCUCGAGGUGGCGCCACCGCAACAGUCGAAGACGACGAAGAUGAAGGGUCUUUUCAAGUCCAAGCCCCGCACGCCGGUCGAUGUCGUCCGCCAGACACGAGAUCUUCUCAUCUAUGCCGAUCGCGGCACUUCGGAAGCCCGCGAAAGCAAGCGCGAAGAGAAGAUGGCUGAGUUGGCUAAGCUCAUCCGAGAGUUGAAAUCAAUUCUUUAUGGCAACGGUGAAUCUGAGCCAGUUCCAGAAGCUUGCGCACAGUUAACCCAGGAAUUCUUUAGGGAGAACACUCUGCGCCUUUUCAUUAUCUGUCUUCCAAAAUUAAACUUGGAGGCCCGUAAAGAUGCCACUCAAGUAGUUGCUAAUUUGCAGCGGCAACAAGUUCAUUCACGAUUGAUUGCAUCCGAUUACUUGGAAGCAAACAUUGAUUUAAUGGAUAUUUUAAUUGCUGGUUAUGGAAACACUGACAUGGCUUUGCAUUAUGGUGCGAUGUUGAGGGAAUGCAUACGUCAUCAAAGUGUAGCAAAAUAUGUUUUGGAAACAGAGCACAUGAAGAAGUUUUUUGAUUACAUACAACUUCCAAAUUUUGACAUUGCCGCAGAUGCUGCUGCAACUUUUAAGGAACUCCUGACAAGGCAUAAAUCUACUGUAGCUGACUUCCUUUCAAAGAAUUAUGACUGGUUCUUUGCUGAAUUUAAUUCAAGGCUUCUGGAGUCUACCAAUUACAUUACCAGGCGACAAGCUAUCAAGUUGCUGGGAGACAUGUUACUGGAUCGGUCAAACUCUGCUAUCAUGACACGAUAUGUGAGCUCAAGGGAUAACUUGAGGAUUCUUAUGAAUCUUCUUAGGGAGUCAAGCAAGAGUAUCCAGAUAGAAGCAUUUCAUGUUUUUAAGUUAUUUGCUGCCAAUCAAAAUAAGCCUCCUGACAUUGUUAGCAUACUCGUUGCAAAUAGAAGCAAGCUUCUUCGCCUGUUUGCUGAUUUCAAGAUUGAUAAAGAGGAUGAACAGUUUGAGGCAGACAAAGCUCAAGUGGUGAAAGAAAUUGCUGCUCUUGAGCCUAGGGACCGCCCAUGAGUAUGCUCUGCUUGUAUGUGCAAUCUCAUCUAAUGCUUCCUUACCCAAUUUGUGAAUUAUAUAGUUUGCUUCGUGCUGAGAAGUGGUCUCAUUGAAUCUGUGAGAAAGCAUAUCCAUUCUAUUUCCCCCCACCCUACCUCAACCCUUAAAAAGAAAAUUAUAUAAAAAAAAUUUAUGUACUUUGUAAUGCUUCUCUUGUGUAUUUUAAAUAUUACUACUCCUGUACAAAAAUGAAUAUAUAUAUAUAUAUAUAUUUAUUGCAA